AUGGCCGAGCCGAAGAAGAAAGGCUUCUGGAGCCUGUUUCGGAGCAAAAGCUCGGCGAAUAAGAAUGGGUACUUGGAGAAGGACCCCCUGAGGAGGGCGAGCGAUGGUGAUGUACUUGGCCGCUCCAAGAGGCCUGAUGAACCGGCCGAGACCUCAACCCGCCGCCGCAGGCCACGCCGGACCGACCCGCACGGCGUCAAGGGCAAGGGUCCCGAAGACCCUCAUAGCUCGCCUUACGAUCUGGUGCCCCUCACCGAGUGGCCGCCCUCAGGCAUGUCGAGGAGCGAGGAACUGAGCCUGGGUCCGGCCAUGCAGCUCAUCUCGAGAGGUGUGCCCGCCUUCAAGGGUUACAAGAGAUCCAUUCCCCACGCCUCGGAUCACUUUUAUGCCUUGUUCGCGACUGUGGCUGGAAAUCGGGGUGACGAAACAGAUGCCGCGAACCAGCACGACUCGAUGACGCAGCUCAUGACACUGCGGCUCGCCGAGUCAGGACCAGCCACCUACCCUUGGGAGACACUGGAACAGCCGAGCUACUCGUUCCACUUUGGCAAGCGCCCGGGUACCAUCACACUCAACCACUGGGUGUCCCUAGCAAGCGUCUUGCCGCCGACCAUCGAUCUCCGCGACUCUGGAAUAGCACCCCGCGAGAUCGACCUCGAGGCCAUCUUCGCGCGCCUCAAGGAGCUGGACAGGGGGUUGGAGGACGACGACGAGGAUCUGAUGUACCGGAAUCUGUACAAGCGGCUGCUCAAAGACCCCGACAAGUACCUGAGUCCACAUAAGACGUUGGACAAGCAGAUUACCGACUUGAUCAUGGUCCUCUCACGCCCAGGCUACUGGAUCGAUUUUACCAACCCGAAGAACCAGGUUGUCACCCGGUUCAUCUUUGACACGAGCUCGGCAAACAGCCAGACCUUCCAUAGAUUUUGUCACCAGCUACUCCUCAGUCUUGAAUUAGAGCUCCGGAUACAGUCUCGGCACCACAUGACGGACGCGAAAGAGAAGCUGCUCACCCAAAUACCGCCGACAAUACAAUGGAACCUCGCACUCGCACGCAGGUGGCGCGAUAACAUCCGAGUCGAUGACUACGGCAGCACGCCCGAGCAAGUGCAGCUCCGCUACAAAUUGAAGAGACGCCAGGUCAAGAUGCUCAAGCGCUUCGCCCAGAUGAUGAAGUGGCCGAACCUCGCCGAGACCCUCGCCAGCCUCAAGCGGCGCGACGCCGACUCCACCCUCGACCUCGUCAGCUCGCACGCCAUGGCCUUCUUCAGCGGCCUCGUCCUGCCAGGUCCAACCUUCCCCUUCCUCAUCAUGAACGCCCUCAUCGACAUCGACCCGGACCGAGCGACCGACGACCUGACCCUCCUCACCCACGGCCACCCGAGCUGCGGCUUCCAGUACCGCAACAGCUACACCUACUGGACGGCCAGCUCCAUCGUAGGCAAAGUCCUCGCGCCGACCUGCCGCGCCCUGGCGGGCUGGGUCGGUCCGGCGCGCCCGACCACCGACCUCGGCCGCAACCAAAUCGCCCGCAUCCGCGCCCGCCGCCCGCCCGCCCCGCGCGGCGUAAUCACCCCGGACGACGUCCGCUCCAUGUCGGAACGCUCCGACCCGCUCGGCCCGCCCACGCAGGUCUUCCCGGUAAAGGAAUACUCCCUCGUGAGCCCGGACCGCGAUGACGACGCCUACCUGGCCGACCUCGUCCGCAUCGAGCUGCUCACCCUGCGCCCCUGCGCCACCAACGCCAACACCCCAGCGUCGUCUACCUCACUGCCCCAAUCACCUGUUUCCCCGUCCCCGGCGCCGUCCAAACAAACUGCCGCUGCAGCAGCAGCAAAAGCGCCAAGGUAUUACGACGCUUCGAUCCAGUUUGCCAUAGAUGGCGUCUCGUGGCCGCUCAGGCUGGCGUACGACGUGUCCUUCGUGAGCGCCUGGCCGUGCUCAGACGGGCCGCACCCGCUCUUCUUUGACUAUGUCUACAUGCCGGUCAAGGCGGACCAGCUGGUCAAAGUGAGGGAUUGGAAUGGCGGGUACGGUGGUGGUGGUGGUGCGGGUUCGAGGCCUGCCACCGCUACGGCGGCGGGCGGUCAGAGUUAUCAGGGUAAUAAUAUCAAUAAUGGUCUUGGGGCUGGGCUGGGUGGCAAUCAUAUCAUUAAUAUGAACAAGACUGGGGUGUCGAGCCCGAGUACGCUGAGCGGCGGCGACGAGGAGAGGGUGCUGGUUGUGGAGGCGUUUGGCGUGCCGGAUAACGAGGUGCUGGCGAGGGCGUGGUGUGCGCAUUGGGGCCUCAGUGCCGUUGUGGCGGAUCUCGGGAGGACGUGCAUGGCGUGUGCGAUUCGUGAAGCAUAUGCCGCGACUAUGACGGUAGUAAUUUUGGUGGAUGAUGAGCAGGAUGGGACGGAUGAUUAG